AUGGUGCAAUCAAGGAAAUUCAGAGGUGUGAGGCAACGCCAUUGGGGCUCGUGGGUUUCUGAGAUUCGUCACCCAUUAUUGAAAAGGAGGGUGUGGCUUGGGACAUUUGAGACAGCCGAGGAAGCAGCGAGAGCAUAUGAUGAAGCAGCCAUUUUGAUGAGUGGAAGAAAUGCUAAAACAAACUUCCCAGUUGGUGAAAACCAAAUGGUGAAUCAAAGUUCCACUACUUCCUCUUCCUCUUCAUCCACCACCACUACAUUGUCUGCAGUUCUGAGUGCAAAGCUUAGGAAGUGCUGCAAGUCCCCUUCACCUUCCCUCACGUGCCUAAGGCUUGACACUGAGAAUUCCCACAUAGGGGUGUGGCAGAAGAGAGCAGGCCCUCGUUCUGACUCUAACUGGAUCAUGAUGGUUGAGUUGGAAAAAAAGAACAGCGAGGGUGAUCAAGAUCAAGGUCCUUCUUCUGACUCAGAAGUUCCUGUUGUUGUCGUUGAUCAUGCCCCAGAGAAAAUAAAGCCCGAGGAAGGUAAUGGCUUAGAUGAGGAGCAGAGAAUGGCCCUGCAGAUGAUAGAGGAACUUCUGAAUAGGAAUUGA